AUGUCCACCAGUCUUGCAUCAUUGUUCUCGCCGAGGAUUGGAAUGGAUUCCGAAGAACCACAAUUGGACCCUCUACUGACAGAAGUGUUUGAAAACCCUGAAGAUGUUGCCGCGUUCAGAGAAGCAUUGCGAGAUGAUGCAGGUAAACAAGAGCAUGCGGUUGCCGGUUCAUUUUGGCCACAUGCUAGCUCGCUUGGGAAACUGGGCUUGAAAGGUGAUUCAAAGAAUAGCGAAGAACGCUCCGAACUGCAGCCAGAUCAACCACUCGAAGAAGGAUCGCUGGUCGAAGGAGAUACAAAAGUCUCCGAUCUACCUGAACGCUCCACAAAAACAAAGGCAAACAAUCCAAGUAAGGUGGGAAGGAUAGCAGCAGCAAGUGAUUUUGCUCCAGUGUAUGAGCGAACGUCAAAUUCGAGCUCUAAGCUGGACGGAACGGGAAGGGAAGGAUUGGUGUAUAAUCUAUUUCGAUUUCCGCUAUUGCUAUCUAUUUGGCUUGUAAUCGCAUUGGAGUUUGCAGCUUAUGUGCUUAUUCGUCAAUUGGUCAAUUUGACAGAAUAUUUCAUCGCUUGGCGUGGCUAUAAAGGGACAUUACGAGCACAAUUACGUAAAGCAGAAACGGCAGACGAAUGGCGAGAAGUUGCAUUGGAGUUGGAUUCUUACCUGGGAUACGAAGCAUGGAAGUGUGAAGAUUCAUCAGGACUGUAUGACUGGAUUUUGAUCAAAAAAGUUUUGAACAGUUUACAAACUAUGCGGGAGAAAGAUGACGCAGAAGGCGUGAUGAACGUUUUGGAACUUUGUUUACGAAACAAUUUUGCCGGGACGGAAAAUUUCAGAUUAUACAGUGAAACGUUUUUCGGUACAAAAUAUUUGAUCGAAAAUUACUUGAGCGAAGUGGAAGAAUGUUUGGCGUACAUCGCAUCUACGGAUAAAAUUUCACCUCAACUCAAACGAUCGUUCUACAGAGGAGCUCAAAAGAACAUGGGCAGAAGUGCUCUUUGUUUAAGCGGUGGAGGAUCGUUUGGGUAUUAUCACAUCGGUGUCGUCCGUGCACUGUUGGAUGCCAAUCUUUUGCCGGCAAUCAUUACUGGAACUUCGGCUGGUGGAUUGAUUGCAGCUCUGGCAUGUACACGCACGGACGAUGAGUUGAAGAGGCUGUUGGUGCCAGAAAUGGCUGAUCGAAUCACAGCUUGCGAAGAACCAUUCAGUGUUUGGGGCAGACGAGCAUGGAGAACAGGAGCUCGAUUCAGCUUGACGAAAUGGGCUGAAAAGGCGCAAUUUUUCACAAUGGGAUCUACGACUUUUGCCGAAGCAUAUGCAAGAACGGGUAAAGUGCUCAAUAUCUCUGUCAUUCCAUCAGAUCGACAUUCGCCAGUGAAAUUGCUCAACUAUCAUACUGCUCCAAAUUGUAUCAUUUGGAGUUCACUUUUAGCAUCAGCAGCUGUGCCCGGCCUUCUUCCGCCAGUAUGUCUGAUGCAAAAGACACGUUCUGGACAAGCCGUUCCAUGGAAUUGGGGACAUCGAUUCAAAGAUGGUAGCUUACGAGUUGAUAUUCCCUUGCAAGAUUUACACUCUUUGUUCAAUGUCAAUUAUCCGAUCGUAAGUCAAGUCAAUCCACACGUUCACUUGUUCUUCUUUGCGCCAAAAGGUAUGCCAGGCAGGCCUGUUGCCCAUCGAAAAGGCAAAGGAUGGCGUGGUGGAUUCUUGUUGAGUGCAAGUGAACAUGUACUUAAGUUGAACCUGAGUAUGAAUUUCAAGAUUAUUCGAGAUCUGGACCUUUUGCCUUCGCUUUUAGGUCAAGAUUGGAGUUCCGUCUUUUUGCAAAGGUUUUCUGGUGCGGUUACCAUUUGGCCUAAAACACGAGCAUGGGAUUGGGUAAGAAUUUUAUCCGAUCCUGAUCGCAAGGAGUUGGACAGGAUGAUGUGCGUCGGUCAAAGUGUUACAUUUCCCAAAUUGCACAUGAUCGAAAAUCGUGUUCGAUUAGAACGUGCUUUGGAUCAAUGUAGGAGGGUUAACAGGAAACUUUUGAGG